GUGUGACCCGCGCGAUGCUGUAGAUGCAUGCUCGGGGUUCGUUCGGGGAUACGACGGGAAUUGCUUGCGCCUGUUUGCUCGAUUCUUGGUGGGUUGUGUUUGAUGACGCCGGAUGCUGACGAGAAGGCUGCAAGUUUCUGUUAUACUUUCUUAUUUGGGUUUAAGUAGAUUUGCUAAGUACUCAAGGUUGGUGCAAAGGGCAACUGCUUGGUGCUCAGUUUGGUGGAAUGGAGACAUCUUGGUUUGGUUCGAGAACCGGUUUGUAAAAACGAUGGCGGAGAGAUGAAAUUCGUUGGGAUUUGGGCGCUCCGAUUUUUGUUGUUUGUUACUAACUGACAACCGACAAUUUUUCGUUGGGGAAAGUUUAAAUUUUGGUCUUUAUGUCAUCUUUUUUCUUAUCCUCAUUUUUCUGUUGCCCUGUUGAUUUUUGCUCAAACUUUUAUAUAUACUAUGAAAUGAUGUGGAAAGUUGGCAUCUUGGUUUGGUUUGAUGCGCCAUUCUAACGUUCAUGAUCCAUCUCUAUGCCCGGAUUAGGCAAAUUUGUUCUAGGUGCAGAAGGGACUGGGUAUCGAUGGAAGUAGAUGGAAGGUUAAUUGGUAGUACCUCUUCAUGUAUUUCAUGGCUUUGGUUUGUCAGGUCUGAUGAAGGAAGUGGAUCAUUGAGGUGGGUAUUCUCGUUGAGGGAGCUUAGAUCGGCGACAAAUAGCUUCAAUUACGACAACACGAUUGGAGAAGGGCCACUUGGGAGUGUGUAUUGGGGACAAGUCUGGGAUGGCUCUCAGAUUGCUGUUAAGAGGUUGAAGAAUGCAAAAAAUGGCACGGAAGUGGAAUUUGCUUCAGAAGUCGAGAUUCUGGGAAGAAUAAGACACAAAAACCUUCUGAGUUUACGUGGAUAUUGUGCGGAUGGACCUGAACGCAUUCUGGUGUAUGACUAUAUGGCAAACUCAAGUCUCUAUGCACAUCUUCAUGGAACACAUUCUGCGGAGUGCCUUCUUGACUGGCGGAGGAGAGCAUCAAUUGCCAUUGGUGCUUCUCGUGCUCUCUUAAAUAACUCGCAGGUGCUUUCUCACAGGUAUCUUCACAACCAUGCAACACCUCAGAUAAUCCAUGGGGGCAUCAAAGCCACCAACGUGCUUCUGGAUUCAGACUUCCAGGCUCACGUUGGUGACUUCGGUCUAAUAAGGCUUAUUCCUGAUGGAAUGGACCAUGAAAAGAUAGCCAGUGAAAACCAACGAGGGUAUCUUGCUCCUGAGUACAUUAUGUUUGGAAAACCAACAUCAGGUUGUGAUGUAUACAGCUUUGGAAUAAUACUAUUGGAGCUUGCUAGUGGCAAAAGGCCAAUAGAAAAGACAGGCUCCGUUAAGACAUAUGGAAUUCGAAAUUGGGUGCUCCGGUUGGCAAAAGAGGGUAGAUAUGAUGAAAUUGCAGACUCAAAACUUAGUGAUAAGUAUUCUGAAUCUGAAUUGAAAAGAAUGGUGUUAAUUGGGCUAGCAUGCACGCAUUCAGAACCCGAAAAGAGACCGACAAUGCUUGAAGUUGUGCCCUUGCUGAAAGGCGAAUCGAAAGAGAUGCUUCUGAAGCUUGAAACAGAUGAGUUGUUCAGGCCAGACUUGACCGUGAGUUCCCACGGAACAUCAACUCCAGAUGGGAGCACAGACUCUGUGCCAAAGAAAGAUGAAUUGGGUGGGGCAUGAUAGAUUGGUACCGAGGCAAUGGUAGAAUGCAUAUUUGCGGUAUUGGUGCUUGAUUUGUGUGGUUUGACAUGAAUGGAAAUGUACAGCAGUUGUUAUUUGCGAGUUGCUUCCUUUUUUUAGGAUACUUUUUUUAGAGAGAGAGAGGGUAAGAAAGAGUGGGCGAGAUGAAGAUAGCUGUUAUGCAAAGUGCUUUUUCUGUGCCCUGCAUAGAAGAUGCAUAAGUACAGAUUUACAAUACCUAGAGCAUGGAUUUAUGAUAUUGCAAUUUACGAUGCCAAUUGAAAUU